GCCAGGCGUGGAAAGCCCUGAGCACCACCGACAAGCGCCCCUUCGUGGAGGAGGCCGAGAUGCUCAGGAUCCAGCACCUGCAGGACCACCCCAAUUACAAGUACCGUCCCCGCCGGAAGAAGCAGGCCAAGAAAAUCAAGAGGAUGGAACCGAGCAUCCUUCUCCACAACCUGCCACAGCCCUGCGGCGAGAAUUUCGCCAUGGGCCACCGCGGGGCCUCCAGUGGCAUCAGCCACUCCCAGCCUCCGCCACUGAACCACUUCCGGGAACUGCGCUCCAUGGGGUCAGAGAUGGAGAACUACGGCCUCCCGACCCCGGAGAUGUCCCCUCUGGAUGUCCUAGAACAGGCGGAGCCUGCCUUUUUCCCGCCUCACAUGCAGGACGACUGCAAUGUGAUGUCCUUUCGUGGGUACCACCCACCUCCUCCUCCUCCGCCGCCGCCGAUGGAGUUUUCCCCGGAAAAAAACCUGGGGAGGAACAUGGUCAUGGGGUACCCCCCCAACCCGCCCUCCCACCUGGCCGAAGCCAUGAGGACUCCCCACCCGUCUGGGAUGUACUACAACCAGAUCUGCGCCGCGGGAGCCGCCAACGGGCUGUCGGCCCACCUGGGCCAGCUCUCCCCUCCUCCUGAAUCGCACCAGCUGGACGGCGUGGAGCACUUGAACCCCAACGAGCUGUGGACAGAAGUGGACCGCAACGAGUUCGACCAGUAUUUGAAUAUGAGCAGGACUCGUCCGGAUCCUUCGGGCUUCGCCUACCACGUUUCCAUGUCCAAAGUGACUCCGCGGAGCUGUGAGGACAACAGCCUCAUCUCCGCCUUGUCCGACGCGAGCAGCGCUGUUUAUUACAGCACCUGUAUCACCGGGUAAACAUUGAAUUGAGGGAGAGGUUUGGGGCAGCCCCCACAAGCCGGGGGGGCGGGAACCGCUGUCUCCUCAGGGGCGCUGGGAAGUUCGAGCGGACGGGACAUGCUCCGGAUGGCUGCCGUUCAGUUUCCCGGGACUCCUUGGGGAAAGCUAGGACGGCGAACCCAGUAUGAAUGGGAGAGGAGAUUGGGGCGCAGGCGUAUAAGUAGUCCUUGAGUUACAACCACUUAUUUAGCAUCCAUCCCGACGGCACUGCAAAAAAAGGUGACUCAUGACUGGUCCUCGCACUUAUGACUGUCGUCCCCGUCAUGUGAUCGCUUGGCAAGUGGCAUGUAUUUAACUGCCGCUGUUUGCAACCUUCCCCUCCGGCUCCUGACAACAAAGUCAAUGGGGCAAGUCGGAUUUGUUUAAUGACCACUCGAAUCACUUAACAGCUGCAGGGAUUCACUAACCACUGGGGCAAAAAAGAAAAAAAAAAAAGGCCAUACAAUCGGGAGUGAUUUGCUUACUGCUGCCUUGUUUAACAGUGGAAAUCUUGGCCUCCCUUGUGGUUGUAAGUCGAGGAUUACCUGCGUCCAUUUAGAUCAGGGCUUCCCAAACUUGACAACUUUAAGACUUGUGGACUUCAACUCCCAGAAUUCUCCAGCCAGCUAUAGCAUUCUGGGAGUUGAAGUCCACAAGUCUUAAAGUUGCCAAGUUUGGAAGCCUCUGGUUUCGAUAAAUGUAGGCCACACAGAUGCUAAUGCUUUGCUCCAGAGAGGAAGAGGUGAGUUUGCUCUUUGCACGGGUUGUGAGGCUUCGAGCCGUGGAGAAGGAGACGGGGCUCAGCUGGCUGUGGAGUAGCUGAGGAGUAAAGUUCCUACAAGGAGCUCGGAACAAAUUUUGUACAAAAAAAAUAUCUCACCAUUUUAAAAAAGGCUUCAGCUUAAUUCUAUAAAGGAGCAGAGAAAGGGCCGCCUCACAUAUUACAAACCUUUAAAUAUCAGGCUUUUAAAGAUCAGCUUAUCAGACAGAAGUGUCCACCCGACCAAGGACUUCGUAUUGGCCUCUGUAGUAACUACAGAUGUAGUAAUAUUGGGAUAUGUAAUAAUUCAGGGUCCUUCGCGUCGUCUCCUUCCAAUAAGAUCAUGGGUAGGCAAGCUAGUUUUCUUGCCAUGUCAUGUGUUGAAUCACCUCUUGGUCUCCUUUACACACUUGCUGCAAAGAUCAAAGCAAGCCCUCUGCUCUUUUUAUGUUACAGUAGUCCUUGACUUAUGACCACAUUUGAGUGCAAAAGUUCAGUUGCUAAUCACUACACCUGCUGAAUGGGUCACACCAUGGCAACUUCAAAAUGGCCAUUAAACGAAUCGUUGUAAGUCGAGGGCUACAUGCACCUGGCCACCGACAGGCGGGGAAAUUCUCCUCUCCAAGGAAAGUAAGAACAUGCCCCAUUGCAAUCUUAGUCCACCCCAUGUGCCUCCCCAAACCAUGCGUCUGGUUGCCCCAAACCUCUCCUUUGAUCUGUAAACCCUGCAUUAUUUUAAACUAUCUCAUUAAUGGCAUUGCUUUUCUUUUUUUAAAAAAAACAAACCAACAAAUAAGGCUGAAAAACUGAUAUACUGUAUUGCUGUGUAGCACAAGGAGAUGGUUCAAAACAGAAGGAAAAUGCAAUUUUAAGGUGCUAUAUAUUCUGGACGGGGGUACCUGUUGCUGGGUUUUUGCAGGUAAAGGUAGGGAAGGAAUUCAGGCAGGUACUUAUUGAGCUAAUCAUGAAUAAUCUUCAUUGUGGACUUUAACUCCCAGAAUUCCCCAGCCAGCAUCACUGGGAAUUUUGGGAGUUGAAGUCCACAGGUCUUAAAAGUCUUAAAAGUCUAGAAACCUCAUUUAGUAUGAGGUCAAUUCAGUAUUAGAGCAAACAGUAUUUACUGAAUUCCUCUCCCACUAUGUAGAAGAUAUCCAGUAUUAAAUUACCUGCGCCAGUCCCGCCUCUGCUGAAAAAUUGAAAAAGGUUUGUUUUCAAGGGUUUUAACCAUGGUUUCUAAAUCGAGAUAAACCCCAGCCUGGUUUGGCCCCAAAGAUAAGUUUCAGUAGAAGGACUAGAUUUUGAAAUGGCGAUACUUGGAUC